AAUGGGGCUGUGCGGAUGCCGUGUUCGCUGCCCAUGUCCAGAGGCGUCACUUGCAGGGCCUUGGCGCGCACUCUAUGGUACAUAACUCUAUGUCUGAAACUCCCAACCAAGACCCAGGCCAAGGCCAAGCGUCCUCCUGGCAGCCUUCAGUGGUCUUGUUGACAUUCGCCAUUUCUCUGUGGUACGUUGACAGGAAGACAGAGAUACUUUGAUUAUCAAACGUAGAAACGCGAGACUGUUCAGAGACUUUGCGAGGCCAAUAUCAAGGCAAUUCCACCGACUUAUCGCCGUCAUUGGAACCAAAACCCGAGGAGGGCCACUGUUGUUUUUUUUCUGACUGCAGGAAAAACAUGAAGUGAAAACAAGAGAAAAGUACGAGAUCAGGAAAUGUGGAAUUAACGCAACAAGGACUACUUAGUGGGAGGCGUUACAAAGGCUCAUCCCCCACCCACCACUGGCCUGGCCUGGACUCCUAUGCAUGCAACAGCCAGGCCACAAGCGUAUUAACCCAGGAGAAAAUGGACUCUGGGAUUGACUCAACAGAAAGCAGUAAUGGCAGUGCCGAGGAGGUGGAAGCCGCAAUGGACGCUGUGCCCUCUGUGGCCCCACAAAAUCUAACCCCCAAUGAUAAAUGUGCCGGUACUCUGUCAUCAUCAUCGUCGUCGCUGUCGCUCUCUUCGUCGCCUUCCUCCUCAUCUAGCCUGUCCGCCGUGCAUCCCAGCACCCCGGCGGCAUCGUCUAUUGCCAACUUUGCCCCCUCCUCGCUGAAGGCUCUGGCAGCAUCCACAGUCAGCGAGAUAAAAACGGAGGUGCUGGAGAACAACAAGAAUCAGACAGAGCCGCUUCAAGUUGGCGGUCAGGACAUGAAGACGCCCCCAAACACACCUGCCCACACUGCCUUUAAACUGGGCACAACAGAGAUUCCUGAAGGCAGUCGCUUGCAGCUGCACUUCCCACUGUCAGGUAAAGGGAACUCGGAGGACUCCAGGCAGACCACCUAUGAACUUGACCCUCCACCUGGCCUGACCUUUGCCAAUGUGUCGCCAUCCAUGUGUCUCAGUCGUGGAUAUGAAGUAUACUCUCAAGGCUAUGCAGUGCUUCCCUAUGAACACAAUGCUCUCAAGAAGAAGCUCAGGACACUGCGCCUCAGGAUGAGACAACAAAACUGCAAGAUACUCUGCUCAAAGUCAAAGGAGAGGAAGCUUAGAAUAGCCGUGGGACUGAACAACGUUGCAACGGUGGAGCGGUUGCUGAAGGAAGGUGUUGAUCCUAAGGUUACCGACAUAAAGGAGCGGUCACCCCUGCACAUAGCUGCCUCAAAAGGUUAUGCAGAAAUAGCAAGGCUGUUGCUCCAGUAUGGUGCAGACCCUAACCAAAAGGAUGCCAUAGGGAACACAGCGCUCCACCUGGCAGCUUGCACCUCCAACAUCCCCAUGGUGACGCUGCUCCUCAAAGCUGGCACUAAUGUGAGGCAAGCUGACAACCAGGGUUACUCCCCUCUCCACCUGGCACGAUCCAAGCUCAAGCUGCUUCAAAGAGACAAUUCCUCCUCUUCAUGCGACAUUAAGAAGCAAGUCUAUCAGGUGAUAGAGAUGAUGCAGACUUACCUGGAAUGUUCAGGGAGUGCUGAGGAGGCUGAGUUGCUGAACUGCUUCACCACGCAACUCUCGCUGUCAGACACGAGACAGGAUGUCCAGGCGCUCCUUGACUCACUCAACAACCUCAGCCUCACCAACAACAACGCCCCCAACAACAACAAUUCAUCCACCACUGCCACUGCCACCUCCACUUCUCCCACCAACUCCACCACUUAGGUUCCUUCACUCAUGUUUCUCCUCACAGUAUGUGUGGGGAUUUACCAGACAAGUUUGGUAAUUGCGGGGCCAUGUUCGGUGGUGGUCUGGCCAAACUUGUACACACAUGGCGUCAGCGUAACACAGUAUCCAACGUGGUUUGAGCCAUGCCAGUGGUGAGGGUCGCUAAUCAUUUUGUUUCAAUGAGGGUGAGGAAACUUACACUCACACCAAAAUUAACACCAACGAAGUGAAUAACUAUUUUGUAAUAUUAUUGUUGAAUAUGAUUCAAGUAGUGUCAUGGGUUUUCUUUUAUAAUGCAUUUAGUUUGACACCAUUUGUGUCAUAGUGUGCAAACAGGUUGUAACCUUUUGAAGCAUUCAAUAGAAUUUAGGUGUAUCAUGGACAGUUGCAGUCAGUUACACAACUUUGGAGCCAAAUAAGAAAAUGGCCUCUCAGAGAAAAGUGAUUGUCGGACAGCUUCACCAAGGCACGGAGGAUCGUCAUCAUUAUGUUGAAUCACUCCAGGCCAUGGCAGUGGACAGUGUACCAAGGCAGCAGGCACCUGGGCUUGCCAAGUUUGAGAACCUUAAAGGGCAUGAUUCACAAGUUCAGUUCCAUUGUAGCUCUUCUUGGCAGUCAGUGCCACUCAGUGUGGUGUGAAGUGGAAUGACAAAAAUGAUUAUUAAGAUCUGUCCAUCGAGAAAUUAGACCAUAUCUCCUUACAUCUCUAUGGCUAAGGUCUAGACAGUAGAUGUCUGAUCCCACAGUAAGUGGAGUAUGAAUGAGUCCAGUGUGUCAUUUCUUAGAGAUUUGCAAAAUGCCCCUCUCCUUUCUAUUCCAUUUAAUAGACUAAUAUAGUUCAGAUAUUUAUAAAACAAUAACAUGACAUAGUUUUAGUAAUAAAAAGCCUGGCUGUGACUAGCUGAAAAAUGAUGCUCUAGCUACUGCAGUAAUUGAGUUUAGGUCAGUGCAGCAAAACUUACUUCCUGGAGCUUAAAAAUGUGUCACGUUCCAUCACGGCGGCAUUAUACCGCAAGGGUUGUGAGUGGUGGCCGAGCAAACAGGAAAAGUUAGCCUGUAAAGAUCGAUACUCAACUUAGUAGUAUCUGAACUGUUCAUUAUUCAUUUCAUUAUUUAUGCAUUUAUAUUAUUGUGAAUGUGUGUGUGUGUGUGUGUGAAUAAAUUUUGUCAGGCUGUUUUUUUUGUUUUUUUUUAAAGGAUUACAUCAAAAAUCAUAUAGAGAUCAAACUCAUUAAAUCCUCUUCCAACUAAGAAAGUUCAAAUGCAGUAAUUGUCAUAAAUUAAUUCAGUCAAAAAUUACAUAAAUACUUUGUGCAUGUAAUAGUAACCACUAAGUACUGUCAUGUCGCACCAUGUUUGAAAUGGAAAGCUUAAUAAAAGUUCUUUUUUUUAA